GUUGAGUCCGAGAUAUUCAUGUUAUCUGGCACUGUUCUCCUUCAGUUGCUUUCAAGUGAGCUCCGUUCUUUUUGAUCGUCGUUACCAGCACCUUAGACCACUGUUUGAAGCUUCCGUUACUCCAUCUUCAUCAUUAUGCGCUUCUCCUUCCUAUACUUCGGGCUGGCGGUUCCUGCCAUGGGCAUACUCGUUCCGCCGACCCACGAGAAUCUUUCUCCCGGCAUUGAGGGCAACACGUUCGAUGGCAAAACAACCUGCCCAAGGGGAACGAACACCUAUUGCUGCGAUAGUCUUGAUUACUCCGGCUUCCAAGUCGAAUGUAUUGGUAGGAAUGAGCUCAUCGUUCAGUCUCGAUCAGAGACCCCUGAACUGACGAUAACCGACUUUCCAGGGCCGGGGAAGGUCGAUUAUCUUGAGGAAUGUUUAGACUAUGAACCUCGGCCGAUGUGUUGUUGCGUGUAUGAGCUGAUACCCGAUAUGCCGCACAUUCCAAGAGAGAUCAGCUGCGAUGCGGACUGCCAUGCGCUGAAGGAGCCGAAGGCCAACGACAAGGUCACUGGGGACUUGUGAUAUCGCGAGAGACGCCAUGUCCGUUGUCACUAAGCAUGUAUAAAUACACUAUAUCCAAGGUCAUUUCCCGUUCCUG